AACAGCAUAUUUUUCCGUUAGAACGUAAAACUGAAUUAAUAAUAUGUUGAAUGAAUAAAACAGAAUAAAAAAUUAAAACAUAAGAAGAACACAAAAAAUAAUACAGGCAACAACCAACAUUCAAAUCAACUCCUGUAAAAUGUCCCUUAAAUAUUAUUAUUAUUUAAUUUCACUGAUUUGUGUGCUACAUUACACUGCUCCUGCAGCCUGCAAUGUACUGCGUGCUAGCUCUGGCCUAACGCUGUCACUGAACAAUUGCAACAAAGAUAAGUUGUUUCAAUUUCCGGAUUUCAAUGCCAUCACAGACUUAAACGUACAACACUGCUACAUACCCACCUUGGAGAAUGCAUUUUUCAUACGUUUCACUGCACUCACCAAUUUGGAAAUCACCGACAGUCAGCUGUCCUUUUUGGAAGAUUAUGCUUUUCAUGGCUUAAAGCAUUUGCGUUCAUUAUCAUUGGCUCAUAAUAACUUAACCCACGUUAAAUCAUGGUCCAACGAACAAAUGUCCUCCUUAAUCAGUCUGGAUUUAAAACGCAAUGCCAUACGUGAACUAACACUCAAGAGUUUUUCCCGCUAUCCCAAUUUGCAGCGUUUAAAUUUGUUGGGUAAUCUAUUGGAAGACAUCGAUGAUGGCAUUUUCCGCUGGAUGCCUCAUUUGAAAUAUUUAAAUUUGGGCAGAAAUCGUUUAAUCGCCUUGGAGAAUCGCAAUUUUCAUGGUAUGCAUCGUCUAUCAUAUUUGGCUUUGCAUUUCAAUGCCAUCGAAGAUAUUGAGGCCGAAGCAUUUGGCACGAAUUCACAUUUGCGUACCUUACGUUUGGAGGGCAAUAAAUUAACGGAUUUGGAUUUUUUGAAAGUGAAAAGUUUAACGCGUUUACAACAUUUGAAUUUGUCAUUUAAUGAGCUGGAAACUUUGGAUGGCAUGACCUUUUCAAAGGAUUUUGAAAUUGUUGAUUUGGAUUUGUCGUACAAUCGUUUGAUGGAGAUAAAGGAGGAUGUGUUUUUGGGAUUAGAAGCGUUGGUGAACCUUAACAUCAGCCACAACAUCCUUAGUCAUAUUGCUCCCAAAACAUUCGAUGAACUGAUCAGCCUCGAAUUUCUAGAACUAAAUCACAAUGAAUUACAACAUUUACAUGCUGACAUUUUCAAUGUUACCAGCCAACUGCAACACAUCAAUUUGUCACACAACAAACUCACCACUAUCCACCCAACACUGUUAUCAUCGCUGGUGUAUUUGAAAUCGUUGGAUUUGUCCCAGAAUCAAUUAUCUAACGAUGAGUUUAUCGAAAAUCUAGCCUUAGAGGUGCAAUGUCACGAGCUGCGUUUAAAUCUCAGUGAUAAUCACUAUCGCAUUGUCAACAUCUCAUCACUGUUGACAUUCGAACAAGUGGAGUUGGCUGGCAAUUGGUGGAGUUGUAAAUGGUUGAUAAAGGAGAUGUUGAAAAUACCUAAAACUAUUAAUUUUGGCCGCACCUAUGCUGUGCACACCGACUGGAGUUUAGCGAUGCUGGAGACAAAGGGCAUAAAUUGUUAUGAUGAGGACUCCAGGAGGAAUAUAAUUAUAUUGGAUACGAGCAAGGUGUGGGAACAGAAGUUUGAAGAGAUGAAAUGUGCACCUCCUUCUAAUCUUGAGGUACAACCUUCACCUCCGCCCAUUAACUGGCCUCGAAUCAAAUUAGACCGUUUCGACUCCCGUUCUGUGGUCAUUUGGAUGUUGAUAGCUAUAGCUAUAGCUUUUUCUGCAUUGAGAAUUGGCCGUAAAUUGGUAGAUCAAAAGGAUAGACAAAGAAAAUUAAGGGAAUUGCGGGAAAAACAAAAAGAUAAAUCAGAAAAACAGAAACUAACAAAAUGUUUUGAGGAUGCUGACACCGAUAGUCCUCAGAGUUCUGACGAAAAAAUUAAUAGUGUAAAAACUAAAAAAUAAAUUUAAAUUUAACGAACUAAUAUUUAUUGCAAAGAAAACUUUUAAGAUAAAAUUAAUCUUUAAUAAAUAAAAUUUAAUAAAAAAACACUAAA